CAGCUCCAUAAGUCUGGGGGAAGAGGAUGGUUAGCAUGUUGUUGCUGUGGGGAUUUGAGUCUUAAUGCUCUGUGUUGGUAAUGCUGGGCAUAUAAUUUUAAAACUUGCAUGUUAUAGAAGCUGAUAAUUAUUUCCCUGCUGCAUUUUAUACACUGGUUUGGGAAAGGAAGAAAUUUCAGAAUAUUAAAAGAAAGAAAAAGUUAUGAUUUGGGGGACUAUUGGAAAUGGAAACAGAAAGAGGGGAGUAAUGGGUGUCAGUCUAGUUAUCAGUCAAGCUGGGAAGAGACAGCUUGUUCCGUCGAACACCAAGAAUGUUAGUAGUCAGCCAACCACUUAUGCAGGAAGAAAACCCUAGACUGAAAGGUUUUUUCGAAGGACAGUGUGCUGAGUAGGUAAGGAGAUGUCAUGGUCUUCUUCCGUCGAUGUAGGAAGAUAGCAGAUAUGAUCGCCUGAAAAAGCUGAACUACACAGUGCAAGCAUGGCUUUCGCCCAGUCGCACAUUAUGGCAGCUAGAAGGCAUCAGCACAGUAGACUCAUAAUUGAAGUGGAUGAGUACAGCUCCAACCCCACACAGGCUUUCACGUUCUACAACAUUAACCAGGGACGUUUUCAGCCCCCACAUGUGCAAAUGGUUGAUCCGGUGCCCCAUGAUGCUCCCAAACCUCCAGGAUAUACACGAUUUGUCUGUAUUUCUGAUACCCACUCAAGAACUGAUCCCAUCCAAAUGCCAUAUGGAGAUGUGUUAAUACAUGCUGGUGAUUUUACUGAGCUGGGACUUCCUAGUGAAGUAAAAAAAUUCAACGAGUGGCUAGGUAGCCUGCCCUAUGAAUACAAGAUUGUGAUAGCAGGAAAUCAUGAAUUGACCUUUGACCAGGAAUUCAUGGCUGACUUAAUCAAGCAGGACUUUUACUAUUUCCCCUCUGUUUCUAAGCUGAAGCCAGAGAGCUAUGAAAAUGUACAGUCUCUUCUAACAAACUGCAUCUAUCUUCAAGACUCUGAAGUGACGGUGAGGGGAUUCAGAAUAUAUGGCUCCCCUUGGCAACCUUGGUUUUAUGGCUGGGGCUUUAAUCUUCCACGAGGCCAAGCACUAUUAGAGAAAUGGAACCUUAUUCCAGAUGGAAUAGAUAUUCUUAUAACACAUGGACCACCUCUCGGUUUUCUAGACUGGGUUCCUAAGAAAAUGCAACGGGUAGGAUGUGUUGAGCUGCUGAACACCGUCCAGAGACGAAUACAGCCAAGGCUUCAUGUUUUUGGACAUAUUCAUGAAGGUUAUGGUGUCAUGGCUGAUGGAACUACUACCUAUGUGAAUGCAUCUGUGUGCACUGUGAAUUACCAGCCACUCAAUCCACCUAUAGUUAUUGACUUACCUACUCCAAGGAACACAUGAUUAUAAUGAGGAUUUAAAGUUGUACCCAACACAUUAGCAACUUUAUAUUGCUGGCUGAGAAUCCCAAUAGGGAACCAUUCAACAAAAAAGCAAAAACCUUCUUCUUUUUUCCCUGCUAGCUCUUCACAGAUAAAUUUUGAGUGACAAAAGUGGAUGAGAAACAAAGACAUUUUGGUGCCAGAAACAGAUUAAAGACUUUAACAUUUCACCAUUAAAAUAUUUGUGAACACAGAAAAGUGAAUGCAUUCCACAUAUAUAUAUACAUAUACAUAUAUAUAUAUAUCUCAAGUAGGGACUUUUGUAUAUACCGUACAUUAUAUUGGACUUAUUAAAAGAACAAUGUCUUUCAAACGAGUGUUUCUUUAAGAAAGUUUGCAGUUUAAACUUAAGUGUUUAGACUAGGAUUUCCUCAUUUCAGAUGUUUUCCAGUGAGCUCUUGGUAAAAGAAAAAUGAUGGUAAAGAUGUUUUCCCUUAAUUAACAUGGCAAAUAUAAAAGAUGGUGCACGAAUGACCAGUCACAGGAGGAAAGCUAUUGCUUCAAGUCCUCCAGGUCUAAGUCUUUGCAUCUAUUCAAAACCAAUGCAAUAGAGGCCCUAAUUCACUGUACUGAAAUGAAGUUUUACUACAUCUGGCAUUACAGAUGGUAAGGGAAAUGGUGCAUAUUGCUGGCAUGCUGUAAACAGCUCAACAUUCAAGAAGGGAGACUGUGUUAAGUGCAGUAUAAACUCAGGAAUUUGUAACCUGGCCUCGCCUGUGAAAAAAAGGAUGGCAUUUCCCUUAAAAAAACCCCAGACCACCCCCCCCAUCCCCCCACCCCCCCCCCGGUGUUUUCAUAUGGUAAGGCGAUAUGUGAUUGUAUGUAAAAAGAGAAAAAAACCCACAAAAAAACCAGCCAAUGUUCAGUAGUGGUAUUUUGAAUAAAACCCACUGAGACUAUUUGUUUAAAAUCUGUUAAUGGGACAUGCAGCCAAUGAUUAGAUUACUGGUUUGAAUUUGGCCCCAGUCAGAAGUGAUUAAAUGUCAUUAUGAUAAUUUUGUCCUUGGGGAACGUUACGGAUGUUGAGGGGAAGGGGUCAUCCCAAGGUGGAGUUUGGGCGUUCACUUUUGGGUAGCUAUGUAGUAGCAUAAGUGUGAUGAGUAACAAGUACACCCCAAUGGGUACAGAGCAGGGGUCACCUCACAGAAGUUGUCAUUGCUGUUUGCCCGCUCAUGGACACCGCUGAGAGAGGCCCAAGAGAAAAUCAUCAGCCGAGUUUGAAAUCCAUCUGUCGUGUUGCAUGCGAUGCCAGGCAAAGUGGGGGACGUGUCAGGAGCUGGUUGGGACGGCCAACUGCCAUGGUACUGCCCAUGCGGCUUUCCUGCAGGUUAACGGAGAUGUUGGAGCUGCUGGGAUUUCAGUCCCGUCCUAGGCAGAAACUUGAGAAUUGAUUACAAACCCACGAAAAAAAAAAGUGCUUCAAAUGUGCCCUACAAGAAAUGGGUUUCUGCCUUGAACUAAUGAACAUCUCCAUGCUCAAAUAGGAGCCUUUUUGCCUUGAUGGAGAUAAUUUAACUGCUGUAUUCUGCACGUGGACAUCCUGAAUUUGGGGCUCAUGGCAUCAAGACACUGAUCUUGUUCACACACAUUGAGCAGAUUAUCGCACUGCCAAUACAGGGUUGUUUGCGGGUCUGUGCAUAGCCCACAUCUGCAUACAUGCAUUGGAUCAUUGCAUAUGUUACUUUUUGCCUGAUACAUGGAUGUAAAUGUGAGCUUCAUGUAGCAGCUGCGUGUACAUUAUAUGCAUACACAAUUUAAAAUACCUGUGUUGCAAAACCAGGCGAUGUCAGCCUCAACUCUAAGCAAGCUGGGCAAACAUUGCAUUUUGCUGGCUUUUGUUCCAGCUGCUGCUGGGAGCAGCGACAUUCGAGCCCAGUGACUAACAUGCUGUGGACCCACCAGAAACCACCAGACCACCAGAAAACAUGACAAGUCACAGGUCUGUCAUUUCUUGUAAGCUGUUGGGUGACUUGGGGUCUAAACUAAUGUGCUGCUUUUUCCUGAAACGAAACCCUAAAACGAUCGGUGAUGCCUGCAGCUGGUUUUUGGGUGAAUAGUUCACAAGCACAUGAGCAGUCCGCCGUGAAUUCAGGUGGGGCCACUUUUGUCAAAACUAGUGGUGUAGAAAUUGCAGGAUCAGCUCCUAAAUCAGCAAGGACUGAAAUUCAUAGUUGAAUAUGAAUUCCCGCCAUCAUUGGGAAGAUGAGCAAUAGUGUGUAGUUAGAAUAAAAGUGUCUUAGCUAGUCACAAUUCAAGCGGUUUGCAACAAACGUGACAGGAAAUUGGCUGUUUGUUAAAGUCUGAAAUGUUUACAUUCGCUCACGGCACUUAAGAGGCUAAAAUGUUAAAGUGAGGGAAGAGGUCCUUUUAUUAGCCUCAACAAAAUUUCUAUGUCGACCAUAAACUAUUCUCUUAAAAAUAAUUUUUCCUAAGGUAUCUUCAAAAUACUGUGUAUUUUUAUGUGGAAAGGAUACAAAAGCAGCUGUUACUUCAAAAAUAUCAUUUAAAGUACUUGGGGUAUCAAAGCUUAAAGAUUAUUUAAUCAUUUUGGCAUAUCUUGAUUGUUGUUGUAAUUUUUGGUCAAGCAUGUUAGACAAAUAAAGUCUUAAAAAAACCCAACAAACCACCAAAAAAUAAGGCCUCUUUAUAUCCACCUCAUCCAUUCAGCUCCAUGUGGGAAAGGCUGCCUGUCUUCUCCAGGUGUAGGAGCCAGGCUGUGGGACAUGGAAGUUGUUGCGACGAAGGAUUGCGGCUCAGCUGGGGGUUCAGCUGGCAGAGGGGCUGGGGGCCGCGGGCAGGAGGUACCGCGCUCGCUCCGCCGGCUUCAGGCCGCCGCAUCUCCUGCCGACGGGAGCGGGUUGGAAGUUGGGGUUGCAGAGAGAGGGGAAAAUAGCAGCCGCUACCUGUCGCUGAUGUAUUUGGGUGGGGAAAUGUGCCAGAAGUGCCUGGGAGGCAGGGAAAAGCGAACGUGAGGGAGUGCUGCAACAGAGCUGCGAAGCAGUCGGGAACCGGGAUGCCAUCCAUCCUUUGGGAAUGGGCGGCAGUUGGGGGAAGGAUGGUUCGUGCUCUGCGUUGAGUGUAAGGACAUAAAUCUCAGAGCGAGGGAGAUUAAGGCAAGGAGACUUAUUUUUAUUUUAACUUUGUGGGCACCGUCAAGGCCUGGGCUUCUUGCCUCAAAUCCGAUCUACCUCAGAUUAAGGAGGCCACGAAGAGGAAGGUUUCCACAAAUGUACUUUUGCAAUUGUUGGCUCUAUUUAAAUUCAGGGAUGCUCGCUCAAGUCAUUUCCUGCCCCACGUCCCCAUUGCUGACCUUCACUGAUAUUUAUCCAGGUAGCAUCGCUCCCGAAGGUGUGCUGAUGUGUAUCACUAAUACACGCAUUCCCAUCACCAGGCAGAAUUGUUACCGAGAUUAAUUUCAGUUCGACGACAAAUAGGGGAGAUAUCACUGCAUGUCAAUGAAAAAAAAGACAAGAUUAUUUUUACCUCCCUCAGGCACAUAUGGCUGAGGAUGUGAAAUGUUCCUUGGCUACAAGGAACGAGCAAGCUGGGACUCGGCACCCGCCUGAGCAGCUGCCUUUUCCCAGGCAGCCCCCACCCGCCGCAGCUGCCCCCCAGCCUGGGGAACUGGCUUUGGGCCUCCAGAUGAUGCAAUUUGGUAGCCCCUGAAGCCAGAGACUCCGAAACUGCGACGGUCUUCGAGGAGGUUGCUGUAGGGAGCAAGGCUGGCGGCGGCGGCACGCCGGGCUGGCCCUGCCGGCUGCUCCAGCGGUGAGGUAGCUGUGGGGAGGGAAGGUGGAGACCCCCAUUUCAGGGCGAUGCACGGGGACAGAGCGGGUGGGAAGGUGCUCCGGCCUUGCCGCAGGAGGGAGCCGGAGGGGAUAAGAAGUAGUUUGUCUUCUCCAGCGGCUGAUUGCUGCCGAUAGCCAAUGUAAAUGCUUCAGAGGAAGGAGGAACAAGACAUUCUGUAGAAGGCAGUUUUUGGAAUAAUCUGCCCAUGGGGAUCUUUGCCCCCCUCCCAUUUAUUCUUGUUUGUAUGAGAAUUUCUCUCUUAAAAACCUGUAUUAUUGCUCACUGCUAAUGUAACUCACAUAUAGCGAAUAUAACUGCAAAUGUUCUUUUCUUUCAGGUACAUUCCUGUCCCUUUCUUGCAAGUCUCUCUGCAUCUGUGAUUUUAGCGAUAUUUUGGAACAGUGAGCUCCCCGGGUGAUUAUGCACAGUGCAUUAGAAAAACAGUAUUUCGCUUAUCCUUGUACGUGUGCUGCCGUUCGGGUUUAUUGACUGUCCCUUUGUUCUCUUUUUAUGUGAAAAGUGUAAAUAGGAGUACUUAUAUGUACCUUCUUUGUGCCAUUCAUUAUUUUGUAUACUGCCAUUAUGGUGCUUUUUACUCACUUCAUCUAGAAAUUAAAAUAAUUUCAAUUCUA